GCGUUUCCCCCUCGGAGUAUAUAACAGAGGACUCGUCCCCAGACUGCAACAGUCGCUUGUUGACCGCUCUGAAAAUGAAAACUCCAGUUGCUCUUCUUUUGUCUGCUCUGGUCGGGGCAGCUGUAGCUGACAGCCGCAACAGCUACUCAGCCCCUGGAGGAUCAUCUGCUGGAGGCUUUGCAGGUGCCGGAGCAGGUGGUGGUUUCUCCAGUGGAGGCUCUUCCUUCGGUACCUUCUCUGGUGGGUCUUUCGGUGGGUCUUCAGGUGGGUCUUCAGGUGGCUUCUCAGGUGGUAAUACUGGUGGAUAUUCCUCUGGCGGAUCAAGUGGCAGACCAGGAUCUGGAGGCUCGUCCCAGCCAUGGCCAUUUCCAGGCGUCCUGCAACAGGCUGUUGGAGGAAAGAUAAACUCUAACCUCAUUUCUGAAGGCACAGGAAGCUACUCAAAUGCUGGAACUUCUCGACCAUUUGGAGGAGGAUCUCUAGGAGGAUCGGGAGCUGGAUUUAGCUCCGGUGGUUCAUUUGGAGGAGUUGGACAACAUGGAUCAGCUGGAGGUGGUUUUGGAGGUCACGCUGGAGGAUCCACUGGAAGUAGCUUUGGAGGUUCCAGUGGCAGUGGAUUUGGCUCAGGAGGCUUUUCUGGUGGCUCUUUUGGAGGUGGAGCAUCUAGUGGUUCGUUUGCAGGAUCCAGCGGUGGUUAUCGUCCCCGCUACUAAUCUAAUAUCAUGAAGGUCGAAUUCCCUCGUUCGGUUCAAUGUGGAAAAAAUAUUGAGUAAUCAUUUUCAAAAACUUCUAAGCAAAUAAAGUACUAAUCGUCCAA